CGCUCGACGGGCCUUUUCAGCAGCUCCGUGGGGCGCGAGACCGUCCAUCGUCAGUCGUUAGGUGCUCUGUGCGAUCGACAACGGGCCUGGGGCCGGCGUGACGCCGACGCCUGUCGGGCGCAUCGAUAGCGACAGUCUCCCUCGCACACUUCGCGCCGCCCUCGGGAAACGGACGGGCCCCCUCACCAUAUGGUAGGUUGUUGGGUUGCCUCUUGGCCAUGCGGCAGGUGGACGCCUGCAGUCAAUAUUACCAGCACACAAAGUCGCAAUGGCAUCUCAGCUGGCCCGGUGUAUCCGCCGCCGCUGAAUGAAUGCCCAGUCCACGCGACUAUCGACAGACAGACUGGGGGCCCUUGGAUGUGAUGUCGCCUGCCUGGCCUGGCACGAAGGAACCGCUCUCAGUUCGGGCAGCUCGACUGCUGGGAGUAUCGUCGCGAGCAACGUGCAUCAGAGCUCGAUGAUGAGCGGUGGCAUUCACCUCGCAACUCGCACCGGGUGCGCUGACGAUGACACUGGAGGGACGCUUGCCGCCCAUUGUCCCACGUUUCCGGCUGCGCCGCACCAAGUCCCGGGCCCCUAUCGCCAGGAGCCGCCUCGACAACGACAGCAGCUCGCAGCGGACUGCCCGAAGGCCAGCCUGGGCUGGACGGGACUGGGCUUCGGCUGUGAUGCGCUACCAUCGCAUGGCAGGGGAGUGGCGUGAACAAACUCGACCCGGGCCUGCAACGCUCAGCCACGGACCGCCGGAUCUCCACCACAGCUGGGCUGGGGCGGCCAAGGACCCGAACCCCCCCCUCCUCUUCGUAGCCUUGCACCAAACCGGCCACACUUGGAUGCUGCCAUUGACAUUGCAGGUGUUCCCCGACCUGGUGUGGGUUCCAGGCGUCAUACGUACCAGCGAAACCUCAACUUUCGUGAAUCCGCUCGUUUGGAUCUCUUCCCUCCCCAGCCACAUACCCUUCUAACCUUUGCCGAAAGUAAGCCGCGUCAAGGCUUUAGAACCGCUGUCUCCGCAUGACAUAUUUGCUCCAAAUCUAACAGACGACCUUCUCAAUCUGUCAAAGUCGUCCUUGCAUCGUGUGCUCCGAGGGUUGGCGCACGUCGGCACAGCGCAGGCGGACCAACUCAAAAGCCGAUACUGAGGCCGCCACGAUACGCGCAGCAUUUGUUAUACGCGGCUUCGCACAGCGAUGGACCACGAAAACUACAACAAUGGCUACUUUGGCCGACCGGUGGUUCCCUCGGCCGCCACGUCCACAAACAUCACACCCCUUCGACCUGGCACACCAAACACAGACGGCAGUCGUCAUAACCCAUUUGGCGAUGACACGGCCUCAUCGCACCGUCCCGGUGGCAGCACAAACCCCUUUGGCAGUCCGAACGCCUCUCGGCCCGCGUCCAGCUAUGGCUCAUCUAGCGCCAUUGGAAAUCGUUUUGACGAAAGGGCACAACGAUAUUUCCAUUCCAGGCGAGUUCAAAAGGGCGACGUAGAAAAGCCUUGGCUCUCCAAGAAGGAUCCAAAGGAAAAAUGGGUUACCAUUCUGCCUCUUGUCGGCAUCCUGAUCGGACUGGGCAUCUCCGGCUUUCUCAUCUACGACGGCCUCAGCAGCGUCGUUCACCACAAAUACUGCCCUGUCAUGGACGAGAACUUUGACGGCGGCCUAAACACUGACGUCUGGACGAAGGAAGUCACUGUUGGAGGCUUUGGAAACGGCGAAUUUGACCAGACGACGGCCAGUGAGGAAAACGUAUUCGUACAGAACGGAAACCUCGUCAUCAAGGCCACGCUGCAAGACGCCGACAAGGUUGAAAAGGACAACGUCAUCAACCUUCUCAAGGACGGGACUUGCACGUCGAAGGACUGGUAUAGCUGCGUCGCGGCCACCAACACGACCAACGGCAACUCUACUAUCGUCCCACCGACGAAAUCGGGUCGUAUCAACACCAAGAAGGGUGCCAAGCUCAAGUACGGCCGUGUCGAGGUGACGGCCAAGCUGCCUGAAGGUGACUGGCUCUGGCCCGCCAUCUGGAUGAUGCCCGUCAAAGACACAUAUGGCCCUUGGCCCUCCUCGGGUGAGAUUGACAUCAUGGAAUCGCGCGGAAACAACUGGACCUACGGCCAGGGUGGCAACGACAUUGUCUCAUCGGCAUUGCACUGGGGGCCUGACCCGGCCAACGACGCCUGGUGGAAAACAAACAACAAGCGCAAGGCGCUGCACACGACAUACAGCAAGGGGUUCAACACUUUCGGCCUCGAGUGGUCACAGAAGUACUUGUUCACCUACGUCAACAGCCGCUUGCUUCAGGUGCUCUACACCAACUUCAACAAGCCCAUGUGGCAGCGCGGCAACUUUCCAGAGUCCAACUCCAACGGGACGCGUCUUGCAGACGCCUGGAGCCAGACGGGUCGUGACAACACGCCGUUCGAUCAGGAAUUCUAUCUGAUCAUCAACCUUGCCGUUGGCGGUACCAACGGCUGGUUCGAGGAUAGCAAGUCAGGGAAACCCUGGAUGGACCACUCAGAGAACGCGAGGAAAGAUUUUUGGAAGGCCCGUGACACGUGGCUGGCGACGUGGACGCAGCCUCAACUCGAGGUCAGCCGCGUCGUCAUGUUGCAGCAGUGCGAUGGUGGUGAGGAGCUGUAGGGCUGAUUGGGCGCCCUGAAACAGAAAUCGGCGGGCUGCUUGGUCGCUUCACUUAUCUAUACCUGGUACAUAUCUUAAAACAUUGCCUAAUGAUAGACACUACUGGAGGAAGGGAAGGGAUUACUGGGAUGGCCAGUUGGGUGCAUAGGUAAUGGGGGGCGGCAUUUUUCAUAGGGGCAUGCACACACACGUUGGACAUGUAACGGCUUCAUCUUGGGUUUUACUACUGGCGUCUGAGCAAAAUGAAACAAGACUCGUAUAGCGAUUGUGGCGUGUCCCAAAGAGCAGCUUUGACACUGGCUACACACAUAUGUCCGAGGCGCUAACCCUCAUCACUGCGCAACCCAGGAUUCUUAGUACAUCUCGGUAAAGAGCCUUCUAAGUUAGUAGUAGAAGGAUCCGAAGACGGUGGUGCGGUGCGGGCUUGACGAGGGAGGAGGCGCAGUCAGAGAGAA